AACAAGUUGAAAGUUUGGUGUCUAAUUCGAUAUUAUUUAUCCUAUACAGCUACUUUACAAGUGUGUUGGUUUUUGACUUUUGCUACUAUCGAUACCUUUCAUCGUCUCGGCACGUUUGGAAACGGAAUUGGAGCAACAUAAAAAAUGCGUACCGUGUCAUCUUAAUAAUAUUUGGUAUUACAUCUGUCCUUUAUUCAAACAUUUUCCUUUGUUUUGAUAUUAAAGUUGUCGAUGCUCCAUCAUCAUGUUAUGCGCGAAAUUAUUCAUGUCGUUUAGCAAAUGAUUUAUUUAAUUUUAUUCUCAAAAAUAUAAUACCUAUUACAAUUAUGUUAUUAUUUGGAUAUUUAAUCGUGGACAAUGUUCGAAAACAAAUUUGUCUGGUGGCACCUGCAACACUGUCAACAACGAAAACGACCGUUUCAAGAAUAAGGCGUGAUGAUUAUCAAUUAAUUCGACUAUUACUUAUUCAAGUGUGUCUUAUGUCGAUAUUCGUUAUGCCAGCAGGCAUAAUCAAAUUAUAUUUGACGUUAACCGUGUCAUACAUGAAACAAAAAUCACAACUAAGAAUAACAAUCGAAAACUUUUGCUUUACUUUGGCAGUUAUUCUUAGUUAUGUUACGUAUAGUAUGCCGUUCUAUAUUGAUACACUUAGUGGUUCCACGUUCCGUUAUGCUUUAAGACGGCUAUUUACACGCGUUUAUUAA